GGCUGCCUGACUGGAAUCCCGGGAGCUGCAGCGACGGCGGCCGCGGGAGCAGGGCCGGCCAUGGCGGUGUGGACGCGGGCCACCAAAGCGGGACUGGUGGAGCUGCUUCUAAGGGAGCGCUGGGUGCGCGUGGUGGCCGAACUCAGCGGCGAGAGCCUGAGCCUGACGGGUGACGCCGCGGCGGGCGAGCCCGAGCCGCCGGCUGCUGCCUUCAACGGUCUCCCGAACGGCGGCGGCAGCGACUCGCUGCCCGGGAGUCCGAACCGCGGCCUGGGGCCGCCCAGCCCUCCCGCACCGCCUCGCGACCCCGCGGGGGAAGCGGGCGCCUCGCCGCCCGUGCGCCGAGUGCGAGUGGUGAAGCAGGAGGCGGGCGGCCUGGGCAUCAGCAUCAAGGGCGGCCGCGAGAACCGGAUGCCGAUCCUCAUCUCCAAGAUCUUCCCGGGGCUGGCGGCCGAUCAGAGCCGGGCGCUGCGGCUGGGCGACGCCAUCCUGUCGGUGAACGGCACCGACCUGCGCCAGGCCACCCACGACCAGGCCGUGCAGGCGCUGAAGCGCGCGGGCAAGGAGGUGCUGCUGGAGGUCAAAUUCAUCCGAGAAGUAACACCGUAUAUCAAGAAGCCAUCUUUAGUAUCAGAUCUGCCAUGGGAAGGUGCCACUCCCCAGUCACCAAACUUUAGUGGCAGUGAAGACUCUGGUUCUCCAAAGCAUCAGAACAGCACCAAGGACAGGAAGGUCAUCCCUCUCAAAAUGUGCUUUGCUGCCAGAAACCUAAGCAUGCCAGAUCUGGAGAACAGAUUGAUAGAGCUACAUUCUCCUGAUAGCAGGAACACCUUGAUCCUACGCUGCAAAGAUACGGCCACAGCACACUCCUGGUUCGUAGCUAUCCACACCAACAUAAUGGCUCUCCUCCCACAGGUAUUGGCUGAACUCAAUGCCAUGCUUGGUGCAACCAGUACAGCGGGAGGCAGCAAGGAAGUCAAGCAUAUUGCCUGGCUGGCAGAACAGGCAAAACUAGAUGGUGGAAGACAACAAUGGAGGCCUGUUCUCAUGGCUGUGACCGAGAAGGAUUUGCUCCUUUAUGAUUGUAUGCCAUGGACAAGAGAUGCCUGGGCAUCACCAUGUCAUAGCUACCCUCUUGUUGCCACAAGGUUGGUUCAUUCAGGUUCUGGAUGUCGGUCACCCUCCCUUGGAUCUGACCUUACCUUUGCUACAAGGACGGGCUCUCGGCAGGGCAUUGAGAUGCAUCUCUUCAGGGUUGAAACUCAUCGGGAUUUGUCCACCUGGACCAGAAUACUUGUUCAGGGUUGUCACGCUGCUGCCGAACUGGUCAAGGAAGUCUCCCUAGGCUGCACCUUAAGUGGCCAAGAGGUAAGAUUCACUGUCCACUAUGAGCAUGGGUUCACCAUCUCCAGAGACAAUGGCGGCUCCAGCAGCAUAUUGUACCGCUAUCCUUUUGAACGGCUGAAGAUGUCUGCUGAUGAUGGUAUCAGAAAUCUCUAUCUGGAUUUUGGUGGUCCUGAGGGAGAACUGACCAUGGACCUGCACUCCUGUCCAAAGCCGAUUGUAUUUGUGUUGCACACGUUCUUGUCUGCCAAAGUCACUCGAAUGGGGCUGCUUGUAUGAGCAACGCAAGAGUCCAGAAAGACCUUCGACUAUCACAAGAAGUAUUUCCACCUCAAAAAAAUAAAAAUCAAAAGAAAGCAACAACAACAAAGAAGCACAAAAAGAAGCCCUGCUCUCCUCCAUCACAGUGCCUUCCCACAAACCUCAGCUCACUGCUGAAACCACAGGGUUAAAGAAGGGCCGGCCUUUCCCACGCAGCCUUGGUCAGGAGUUCUGGAACUGUAAUAAGCUCCAAAUUGAAGCUGUUGAUUUUUCGUCUCAUAUUGUGAUCGCUAAGUAAUUGUGUUUAUUUCUCCUGUUAGGAAGGCUGGCUCUUUGGUUAUAAACAGUCAGAGAAGUUCUCCUUUUCUUCCUGCAGGGUUUGUGUGGGGCUUAGCCCUGAGCUCUUGUUAGGGUAACUGUGGCUCCCCAGAUGCUAGUGUCCAGCAGCCCAUCAUCCCUCCGGCAUCCCACACAGGUCGAUUGCACACAGCAUUCCUGUCUUUACCUGUAAUUCCCCAAUGGUUUUUCCAUCCACCUGGCUCUCACUGACCUCACCCUGCCCCACACACCAGCUCUGCCACUCGUGAGUGCUACCUUUGCCUUCACUCCCCUUUUUGGUGUUUGGCCAAGUUGAAAAUCUAGUUGGAAACCGCUUCUCUAAAAAAGGAGUUUACUUCCUUAGUUUUUAUUGUGUUUAUAUUUGGUAGGAGCCUGGGGACGGUCUAAAGUUUAUUUUGCAAAAAAGAUUCUUAUUCUAAGCUAAGCCAUUUCUUAUUGCUUACCAAAUGUGCCUUUGUUUAGGGUCUUUGGAGCUUUACUCGUGACUGUUUGGGUGACUGGAUCUCACUGCCAUUCUAGGAAGACCAUCUAGCUCUGAGGAGUCUUCCUUUAGGUCGCUUCCUUAAUAGCAUCUUUCGGUGGUGACUUUGUGGGUCGUUAGCUUUGCAGCACAUAUGCCAUGUCAAGUCGCACUGUGAGGCCAGGAAAGAUUCUGGCACUGGACUUUUGUGGUCCCAAAGUAGUAAGGACAAGUCGCCUCCAGCUCUUCCCCACCCAACCUGAGUGGGUGGAGUGAUGAGACACGCGGCGGCAACCGCCUGCUUUGGUUCAGGCUCAGUGUCAUCAGGACUCAGCCUCAGGGUGCUCUCUGAUGUUGUGGCCUGGAUAAACCAUAUCCAGCUUAUUUUUCCUGGCUUGGAAGAAAAUAGAUGUGUGUAAAAACAUUUCAAAUAGUCUUGCUACAUAAAAUACCCAGAUUAGCACAAUCCCUAACUCAGAACAAAAAGAAAUAUUGACUUAGAAUUUUCUAUGUUCUCUGAAAAAGUGUCUAGAAAUAGCUCUCAUUUUCUAGAUUUCUCUGGAGUGUGAUACACAGGCAUGUAAUGCUUCAGAUGGCAUAGGGGAGAAAAGGAAAGAAAACACAGCUGUUCAUGCAGAGCCUGAGGUGUGAAGUUUGGGUGCCUUGACUGACGAGUGGUCUAGAGGAAAGGACAGAUACCCAAGUAGAGGAGGUGCCCACUGUCCUUCGCCUUCUCGGCGAUAGGCCUCCUCCUGCUCUCUGCAGUCAGACAGAUGGUACACAAAGGCUGAGGGGAAUGGCUCCCCCACCCCAGCUUCAGACAGGUAUUGGCGCACCAAAAAUGAAUGUUGAGAUCCACUUUAAACUAGAAACUAAGAUCUAAAGGACAUCUUUCUAGAACUUUUUAUAUUUUAAGUAGCUGUAAUCCUGAGAUUGGAUCCAUCCAUGAUACAUCUUCUACUCCAAAAAAGAAAGAAAAAACCGUAUUUCAAAGGUCCAGCCGAGUUCAGAAAGCAGAACUACAACAGAUAACCUCAGGCGGAGGCUCAGAUGCCCUUGUUAUUAGGAGUUACCAAUGGCACCCGCUUCAGUGGUAGAGUUGAAGUCUUCCAUAUUGGUGGGAAAGGCUAAGCCACCAAGAAGAUUGAUGGGAGCUUCUGCCACCUUGUCCCUUAGAAGAGCUGUGAGUGUUGUGAUGACUGGGCAGGUAAGGUGAGCAUCUGCUUGUCUGAGUCUGCGGCCCAUGGGGUUCUUAACUCUACCAUUCAGUCCUGGUAGAAAAUGAAGGCUUAUGGGUGAUUUUGUGUCAAUAACAGCCCGGAGAACCAGGGCUCUAAGCCGCUUGGUUCAGAAGCUGUCGCAGCUCUCCCCGGCAUAUGUUCAACUAAUUGUGUCACAUUUUUCAAACCACAAGUGAAAUGCUUUUUGUGAGUGUUAGACACCUUGAUACAUACCUGCAUUAUCAAUUUUGUAUUCAAAUGCCAAAAUAUAAAAUAUUUUCAAUAUUAUAUAAUUAUAAUAACUAAAAAUGGACAUCCCUGUUAAUUCACCUCUUUUAUAGAAUCAGCUAAAUUGUCUUUUUUCUUUUGACUAUUGUUGGGGAUGUUGUGGGAUCCUGGGUGUCGAGUGGAAAGGAAGCUGCAGAGUGCGCCGUUCAGGUGGACCAUUUCCUAGGUGUCUUUGCAUUCCAUACCUGGAUUGCUAGCCCUGGGCAGAGAAGUCUCUCCCCUCAAGAAAGAGGACUAAAGGAAGCUGAUGUUAUCUACAAGCCUUGCCCAGAAAUUGGUAUCAAAUAUUUUAUACAAGAAAUGCUCAUGUGUGUUUGCUGUACCUAUUAGAUGAUUACAAGUAAAGGCACCAACUUGUAAACAGUUUCAGGUUAAAUUCCGGGAUAUUAUGGGCAAUCAGAAAUGUUACUUUAAUUACCAUCUGCCUAUUUUGAAGCCAUGUUUAGCACUUUUCAGACCAGGGUAAGUCUGAUCGUGCCUGGUGGGGUUUCUUGUUUUUUGUUUUUGUCUGAACUCUUAGUUUGUUACUGGAAAUUAUUUGCAUGGUAGGAGAGAUUGAAUUAUUUAUUUUUUUAUAUGUAGAAAAAUCUCUCUAGCCAACAGAAAGCUAACAUCGUUUCUGAUUUAUUUGUUUUACUAACAUCCUCCUGAAAGAAUAGUAGCAAAGCUUUUGUUCAACUGAAUAAAUGCACUUAGCUAAUAAACCAAAAUUUAUUCUUUCAAAAGAAGAAAUUAUUAUCACCAAAAAAUAUUAAACUUGAACUUUGAACAUGCUUAUGCUCCCCCCCAAAAAAAAGUUUUACUAUGAAUGGUUUGGAUAAACAAAAAUAUGUGGAGAGGAUUCCUGAUUUCUUAAAAUUUUGUAAGAAACUCAGUCUUCUUGUUUAAUUUAAAUUCGUGUGGAUUUGUUUUCAAAUUCAUUGAAGACUCUGCCUGUGUGUUAAUGCAAAUCACCUUCCAAGCUGCUAUGCAAACUUGUAUUGAAGCCUCACCUGCUGAGAGGGUUCAGCAGUUUUGAAGUGUUCAGGAAAGAGACUCCAGCACUUUCUCUGUUCUUUUGUAUCUUUGUUGGACACUUACCUGGAUCAUAAUUUAUUAUUCUCACUGGUUCAAGCUAUUGAUUGUAUAUUAUAUUUAAACUGUCCAAACAUUCUGCUUUUAUUCCCAAGUAGCUGCCAGCAGCUCUAGGUACCAAGAAUGAACUCAGUCCUUAGAAAGCUGGGCUUGGGGCAGUGGUUGUGCAUACCUUUAAUCCCAGGACUCAGGAGGCAGAGGCAGGCAAAUCUCUGUGAGUUUGAGGCCAACCUGGUUUACAGCGUGAGUUCUCAGACAGACAGAGCUACAAAGAGAAGAUAAACAAAACAACAACAACAAAAAAGAAAUCUGAGCUCAGUGGUUAAGAGGGCUUACUACUGAACCAUGAGGACUGGAGCUCAGAUCCCAGCACCCAUGUCCAACGACCCAGGAAAGCAAAGAAGCAAACAAGCUCUUCAUCUCUAAUGAGAAGUCAAAUGCCAGUCACUUAGUUCUUAAAAGAACACUGCUCUGGAUGUAUUUAAUAUGUAGCACUACAGUGGGAAUCUGAGUACUUGGGAAGCUAAACUAGGUUUGCCAGGCACCAGGGCUACACAGCAAGACUGUUUCAAAAUAAUGAUAAAAUUCUAGUACCUGGUAGCUGCAGGCAGAGAAUUAAAGAUUAGCUCUAUAGCCAGUUCACGGCCAACUGGAUUAUAUAUGAUACUAUUUGAAAAAAUAAAAUAGAUAAAUUUGAAAUUGCAAGAACUUUAGUUGAAUAUUACUUUAGUUGAAUUCUACAAAAAUCAUACUCAUUCCUUCAAAUGUUUGGGUCAGGCACAUGAACCAGGUGGUGCUAUGGUCUGCUGUGAGCUCAGGAAGCUUUCUGUGCGGCACGGUUGUGGUGGCUCUUCCUGUACUGAAGACAAGAGAAACUGUGUUCCCAUUGUUCCUUCUCCGUGCCCUUUUUAAAGUACUUAAUAAUCUAGAAAUGAUUUUUAGUUUCUACAUAGAAUCCUUAAAAGCUGAUAGCAGUUACCCUGAACCGUCUUUAAACUCCACUUUCCUCUGUGCUGGACAUCUAAACGUCCACUAAGAGUGUAACGGUAGACAGAAGCCAUGCUGCAUGUCAGGGCCAUAUGUAUCCGAGCAACAUAGCUGUCCCACGCUAUAGUGUCUUAAGUAGAAGUUACUCAUUCUAGCGAUAGACUACCCAAGUAGCUGAUCUGAAGCCUGUUCUCUCUUUGAAAAAUGAAAUGGCCUGGAGGUGUAGCUCAGUAGUAGAAUGCCUGCCCAGCAUGUGCUAGGCCCUAGGGCCCUCUGGAACACUGCUCAAAACAAAAACCCUAUCUGGAUGAUCAGUAAUACAGGUUUAUCAAAGGCAAGAUUUCAGACUGGGGUUCAGGGAAUAGCCACAGGGGCACAUUAUUUUCUUGUCUUAUCCAGCAGUAGCCAAAUCAACUAGAAAAAUGGUUGUUAUAUUGACUCAGAAAAACAUGAGUUCUUUUUUACUGCUAGACAUUGGCAUUGACCCCAGGCAGGGCCUUGGUCAUGCUAAGCAUACAGUCAGUACUACCAUGUGAUAUACUCUUAUAUUCCCAGCCCCUUUGAUUUCAGAAUAACAAGUUUUGGUUUUCUUCUUGGUUUGUAGAUAUACUCUCUCAUAUGACCUAGGUCAGCCUCCAAUUGCUGGUCCUCCUGCCUCCAACUUAGUGCCAGGAAUCACGCUGUGCACCAGCUUCAAGCUAAACUUGAACAUCAUUUCUUGCCACCUCUAUUUUCCCAUCCCACUUUGGGUGACUGGAUCAAAGCAUUUUCUAAGAUUUAUUUUUCUUUUAUGUGUGAGUGGUUGCCUACAUGUGAAUCAUGCACGCCUGGUUGGUGCUGAGAACGAAAACCCAGGUCUUCUGCAGGUGCAGCCAGUGCUCUAACCACUGAGCUAUCUCCAACCAGUUUGUGAGGUGUAAUUCCGCACUUGGGAGGUGUAAGGCAAGGAAGAUCAAAGUCAUUCUUAGCUACAUAGAGAAUUUGAGGCUAACCUGGAAUACAUGAAACCCAGCUCAACAAUUUUGUAUAUGUAAAUUUAAUGUAAUAUCGAAAUCUGCCUUUUUGCAAAUUAUUCUUUGCUGUCAAAUAUCGGUGUGUGUGUGUUGAUGGUUUUGUUUGGUUUUUUUAUUUGUUUGGUUGGCUUUUCAAGACAGAGUUCCUUUGUAUAAUAUCCCUAGUUGUCUUGAGAUUUGACCUGUAGACCAGGCUGGCCUCAAUUUUGCAGGGAUCAGCCUACCUCUGCCUCCCAAGUACUGAGAUUAAAGGUGUGCGCCAUUACACACAGCUGAUUUUAUUUAUUAUUAUUUUAAAUAGGCACCAAAGCUUCUUUCUAAACAUUGCUGACGUACUCAUUUUCAUACAUACUAUUUAAGCAUUUUAUUUUUUUUAAGGUUCUUAUACACAUCAUAGCUGGACUGUUUCUCCAUUAGUAAGCAACCUAAUUGCAUUAAAAAUUAGCGAGAUUCCAGGGCUGGAGAGAUGGCUCAGCAGUUAAGAGCACAGGCUGCUCUUCUAGAGGUCCUGAGUUUAAUUCCCACAACCCUCUAUAACUAUAGUCACAUGGGAUCCAGUGCCCUCUUCUGGUGUGUGGUGUACAUGCAGACAACACUCAUAUACAUACAAUACAGAAACAAAUAAGUCCUAAAAAUUAGGAAGAUUCCACUUAUUCUAGAACACUGGCAUUCAAACUCAGUGGAAAGAGACCUAGAAAAAGUGAGAGAGGUUUGCUGAAUUUUCCUCAAUGACAUUCCCUUUUAAUCAUCUUGCCUUCUAUUAACCUUUCAGGUCAACUUCUCAAACAUGUUUAAUCCUUCGCAGACAGCACCUGAGCUCUCUGUGGUGGGGGUGGCAUAAGGAUGCAGUUACAUGGACUUCUUACCCUUGUUUUCAAGUGUAUUGGAGUCAUGUGUGAAAAUGAGGCCAUACCUUCAGUGUCUUGCUCUUUUUUUUUUUUUUUUUUUUUUUUUUUCGAGACAGGGUUUCUCUGUGGCUUUGGAGCCUGUCCUGGAACUAGCUCUGUAGACCAUGCUGGUCUCGAACUCACAGAGAUCCGCCUGCCUCUGCCUCCCGAGUGUCCCGAGUGCUGGGAUUAAAGACGUGCGCCACCACCGCCCGGCUAGUGUCUUGCUCUUUAAACCUGCCCUUUGACAAUCAGGUGCUAAUGAUUGUUUUUAUAAAAACCAGCACAUAGUAUUGCUGCCUGUCAGGAUAAGUCCUGCUAGCAGUGGGUAUUUGCUCCAUCUUGCUGAUGGUUUCUGAGUUAGUAGGACUGGAGAUAGAAAAGUUCAGGUUUGACAGUCUCCGAGAUCCUCACUUAUAUCCUAGGGACUGGGUUCAGAUCUUCAGUACAGGAUGCCCAUGUCACGCUUACAGUCUGUUGCGAGUUCAGCUUGAAGAUCUCAGUGCCCGAGCAAUCACUUUUCUUUUUGGUGCCAGAUCUGAAAUCUUAUGGAGCAGAACCUAUUUUUUUCUCCUAUGCACACUCUGAUAUUUCCCACAUGUAUGUCUUAUUUCCCAUGCUGCUCUUUUUUCGCUAAGUGUAAAGACUUGAAAGCUAGCUUAGGUGAGGCUGGUGAUAUAGCUCAGUUGGAAGAAGGCUUGCCUCACAUGCAGGAAGCCCUGAGUUCGAUCCCUAUGCCAUAGAAAGCCAGGUGUGGUAGCCACAUUUGUGAACCCAGCAGUCGUUUGGAAGGUGGAGGCAGGAAGAAGCUAUCCUUAGUCACAGUGAAUAUCGAGCCAGCUCGAAUUGUGAAACUCUCAAAAAAGAAUAAAUUUCUACCAAUUGGUUGUUUCGGGUUUCAUUUGUUUUCUCUUUUUAGAAUCUUGUAUUUAAAUAAGACCUCUGUUCAAGUCUUAUCUAAAAUGUCUCAAGUUUUCUGGCUACCAAAUCAAAGACCCAUGACAUAAAACAGAGCAGUAUGUGUUCUUAAUUUUUAAAAAAGCUUUAUGUAUACUCUUAUUAAUAUAGAUGCUUAGACAACACUUCCCUUGGGUUGCACAUCAUCAUUUAGCAUUGUAUAUUACAAUGAAAACUUGUAACUUAAGGAUAUUAUAUAUAUAAGUAUAUAUGCCUUUGUAACCUUUAUAUUGUAAAUAAAAAGUUG